AUGUCAGGCGGCGUAGAAUGCAUGGGUUUGCCAGCUGCUACUACCCCAGAAUCCGGAUACUUCAUGAACAUAACGACGUGUGUCGUAUCACGAGCUUCGCAUGCUCAAGAUACGCUCGAUCUCGUGUGGGAUGAUUAUGUUCUAGAGCCAUAUAGUAUACUAGCUAAGAUGAUGGACGAUGCGUUGGAGCAGAAUGUCAGAAACAACGCCGACACAUCUGCUCGUCCCGUUGGGACAAAAUUCGCAGAUUACGGCGUUGUGGAUCCAGACUGA